AUGGGUGUGAGAAUUCAGUUGUAUUUAAUAUUGACUCUCAUUGUGUUUGUGCAAGGAACGAACGAGACAGACACCUCGAACGGAACUCGAAUAUUGUCUAGGCGGAAAAGAUUCCUGAUUUUUCCAGAAGGAAGCUCGCUUCAACUAGUAUUCUGUACCACCUACCCCAUGUUAUCAGUCAUUGGAGACAUUCUGCUGUGGGGCAACACUGCUGCUCUGGCGUAUGAGUUGCCUCAGGACCCGUAUUCUCCGUUCAUGCAUCGCGCCGAUCCGCUGCAUCGAAGAAUGGACACAAAGACUAUAUACUAUACGGAUUACGACGGAAAAGUUAUACAUAAGGAGCCCUAUAAAAGGAAGUCAAUCGUGAACCCAGCAUUCGCGAAGCGUAGCGUAGAAGAGAAGAUAAAUAGGAAAGAGAUGCACGAAGUACAGACGCGGGAGUUCUUGAUGGCUGGGGAUGAAAGGAGCGUUGAGUUCCACAGCAGCAGCCGUGUGGCUCUGUAUCGACAGAUUGAAUUACUUCUACAGGGACUCGGAGCCAACGGACGGUCAUGUCUACUCAAGAUGUUGUGUGAGAUGGGACAAACUCAGGACUAUAAGCAAGGAUCCUUCGUGCAGGAGAUUCUUAGAGCUACUUUCACGUAA